AUGCCGCCAGAGAAGAAAAUUGAAAAACGCUUAGCUGAAAUGGUGGUGAAUAUAACAGCUCUCAAUGCUCAGUGUGACGUAGUCGAAAAAUUCAUUAAACAAUUCGACGAAGAUCGCGAUCAAUGCCAAAUUCCCGUUCGGAUUGAAUCGCUUGACCGAGUGUAUAAAGCGUUUUUGACAGUGCAGGAAGAAAUCGAGAGACUGGACGAUCCAGAGAUGCUGGAGACUCACUUGUCUGAUAGAUCUGAAUUCGAGAACAGAUAUUGUGUAGCAAAGGGCUUUUUAUUAGCAAAGCGUAGUGACGAUGUGAACCGUACCGUGCUUAAUGCUUCCCUACCUGGUAGUGCACCUGUCGUUUCGAACUACCACCUGAGGCUACCCAAGAUAGACCUCCCAAAGUUUAGUGGCGAGUUUUCAAAAUGGCUGUCUUUUCGUGACACCUACAUGUCGAUGGUGCAUUCAAAUGUCGACAUACCCACCGUAGCCAAGCUGCAAUAUCUUCUCCAGUCGCUAGAGGGUGAAGCGCAUAAACCGUUUGAAAGCGUAGAUGUGGUAGCAGAUAACUACGCAGCCGUAUGGGACAAUUUGCUCAAGCGGUAUGAUAACAAGAGAUUUCUGAAAAAGCAAUUGUACCGCGCUCUGCACGAUUUACCCGCAAUAAGGAAGGAAUCCGCCACCGAGCUUCAUGAGCUCCUAGAUGAAUUUCAUCGUCACGUUAAGGCACUCGCUAAACUAGGAGAACCAAUUGAGCACUGGGAUACUCCGCUAAUCAAUAUGCUAUCGUACAAGCUCGAUCCCGCAACAAUUCGAGCAUGGGAAGAAAAGGCCAGCCAAGUGGAUGACGAAAAUGUGAAAUUUACCGAUCUGAUAGACUUUCUAUACCAGCGGGUUCGAAUAUUGAAAUCGGUAUCUUCUGACAUACUCCAACGUGUUCAGCCGGUUCAGUCAAAGGUGGCCGGCAAUGCUCACGCUCCGAAGAAGUUUUUCUCAUCCAGAAUCGCAGCCAACGCCGCUGCGUCCGAGUGUAAAUCUAAUACUCCAUCCUGCCAUGCCUGCUCUGACAAACACUAUCUGUUCGAAUGCCCGACGUUCACAAAGAUGUCGGUCCGUUCUCGUCGAGAACUCGUCUCGCAACGUAAGCUCUGCUGGAACUGUUUCCGAACCGGACACUCCGCCAAAAAAUGUUAUUCCAAAUUUACCUGCCGCACCUGUCGAGAGCGGCAUCACACGAUGCUUCAUGAUACCCCGCAAGUUGGCAAGAAUUCAUCCACCACUCCAGUCGUUACCACUCCCCAAGAGGAACCGCAACCCGGUCCAUCCAAGUUGUCACGUGUGGACUCACAAGAGGCUCCCACGUCGUCGAAAUUCCAAAGGGUUAGCAUGGCGGUUCAAGCCUAUACAAGCACAGUUCUGCUGGAGACAGUCGCACUGAACGUCGUCGAUGAUAACGGGAAGGUGUUUCAAGCCCGAGCGCUUCUAGAUUCGGCUUCAAUGUCGAACUUUAUGUCCAAGAAGUUCGCUAAACUUCUCUCCAACCGUCAAUCCAAGGUGGAUAUUACCGUGGCUGGUAUCGGCCAUUCCGUGCAGAAGAUGAAGCGCUCCAUCACCACCACCAUUAAGUCCAGAGUUGGUUCGUUCGAUACCAAACUCAAGUUCCUGCUAAUCGACAAUCCUAGUGCCGAUCUACCUACCGUUCCGGUUCAAAUUUCCACUAUGGAGAUCCCAGACGUUCCGAUUGCCGAUCCGCAGUAUUUUGUUCCCACGCAGUAUUAUGUUGUUUUGUCGACUUCGCUACGUAGUGAUUGGCGGUGA